AUGGCAACUGUGGCCCACUCAACCGACAGCCUCCUCUUGCAAAUUACCCACGAGUCGCCUUUGGAGGAUGGCCCCAAGUUGGGAGCUCAUUCUUUUUUCUGGUUAGGGCUCGAGGCAAUGGAUGAUGUGUUUUCGACUCCCGUGCGCAUUGUGUACGUGCAUCCGGCAGAGGAGCGUGGUAGGAAUGUGGACGAUCUGCGUGCCAAGGUAGCAUUCCGGGUCGUGCCAUCCGACAUCAAGAAUUUGGGCGACCUUGUAAACUGGCUCAAGACAGUUCUUAAAGUGGACGCGGUCCUUAGCUCCAAGGGAUGGAUGGAAAUUCCUACGCCAGAUCCUGGCGCACACCUGCCCCCAACAUUCGAGCUUCAUCUCCGCAAGGCGCUCUUCACAGAUGCUUCUGAUAACAGCAAGGAAUGGGCUCGCACAGUGUUACAACCAUUUCCGUUUGCUGUUCUCGACGUUGCUGGCUUGCGGAGAGCAUUGGAGGAGCCACUCCCUUUGCCGCUUCCUGUUGGUCCUGCUACAUAUGCAACUCUGGACCCGAGCUAUGCUACUCAGUUCAUUCCGACCAACCAGUACCCCGCCGAGAGAAUAUCCGGUUGCGUAACAAACUUCAUGAACUCGAGAGUGGCGCUUGGCAUGUCCGAGAAUCUGCUGCAAAGUAUCUGGGACUCGGCAUUUUGCAACUUGUGGAUGGAGCUGCUGUAUCUGUCGGAGAUUACGAGCAUUCAGUUCAACCGGAACGUCACCGACCAUUCUGGUGCUUCAACGACAAACGUCAGUCCUGAUUUGCUGCUUUGGAUCUUGAACAGGCUGUGCGUCACGUUCGAGGAGAAACGGGUAACUUUGGAAGAGGCGUACCAGGACCUGAUAAAUAAGCUUGGCGUACUUCCACUACAGUACUAUGGACCCGUCCAGUGGAUAGUUGGGGUCGCAUUAGCAGGGACAAGACAACAUGCUUACGGCUCUCCAUCACCUUCCUUCGGAUUGCCUUGA